AUGACUGUUGCGAGGAUCCUGACGCUGAACAAAAGGCGUGGAAAUGAAGGUUCCAAAGUGCAAAUCGGUCAAUUUCUCGAUCGUCCAAAAUGGAGUGAAGUAAACAUGGAAGAAAUGACCAGAUCGCUGAAACCACUGGAGCUAGAACUUUGCAAAAGAAUGGAUUUGGUGUAUGUCAGAGGAAAACGGUCAAGGAAAGUACCCAUAUUAUUGACCGCCGAAAUUGUCAAUGCAAUGAAAGCAUUAAUCAAAACGAGAGAUGCCGUUGGUGUUUCUAAUGAAAAUAAAUACGUAUUUGCAGCGCCUUCACGAGGCUCCUUGAAUUAUCUCCGCGGGCCAGAUUGCUUAAAUGCUGUUGUAAAAAGUUGUCAAUUGAAGAACCCCAGUGCAAUAAAGAGUACUCAGUUACGCAAGUAUGUUGCCACAGUUUCACAGAUCAUUGAUCUGAACAGCUCAGAGCUCGAUUGGCUGGCUAGGCAUAUGGGCCACGACAUAUCCGUGCACCGGGAGUACUAUAGACUCCAUGAUUCAACGCUAGAGCUAGCUAAAGUUAGCAAACUUCUACUUGCGGUAGACGAAGGGAAUUCUUCGAAAUGGCUAGGCAGAAACCUUGAUCAGAUCCAACUUGAUGAUCUACCAAUGGAACAAGCAGAGGUCAGCAGUGACGAAGAGAGUGAUGGUGAUGACGGUGGUGUUGGGGAGCACCAUGGAGAUGUUGAUAUGGAAAGUGAGCCAGAAAAGGAGGAUGGUCAUGCAGGGAAAAGGCGAGUAGGCAAACGGAGUCGAUGGGGUAAAGAGGAAUCGUCUGUUGUGUUAAAGCAUUAUGCUGACAAGAUUAAGAAAGGCGUUUUGCCAGGGAAAUCGGACGCAACCCAACUUAUCACAGAAAGUGCAGUCCUAAAGAAUCGGACAUGGCAAAAUGUUAAAGACUUUGUACGAAAUCACAUAGCUAAGGCUAAACGACUUUCUUCAAAAUAGGUUAUUGGUAAUCUGUAAUGUACAAAUCUCACGGUCUAAACUUAAGUUUUAAAAAAACCCAAUUUUUAGGUUAAUUUAAUGCUCUACACCCCCUAGCUAAAGUUUCUUGAAACAUCCCUGUAUGCACCCCCAACAAUCGUCUGUCUAUUGCUUAGUGAAAUAUAGAUACUUAUUGAGAAACUGCGCUCAAAAGGGGUGGAAUGCAGUUAUAAACUUUUUAACUCCAUAAGAUGAUCAAUCGAGUUUCAUUCUACCUAAAACAUCAUUUUCUAUAUGAAAUACUUUCAUGAUCCUGGAAAUAAGCUUAUUACACCAAUAAUGUUGCGAAAUAGGAAAGAACUCGAAUUUUCAAUGUAACAAAUACAUAAAUCUCUUAUUAGAGCGCAAUUCAGUACAGUCGUAUACGUUGCUAGUUACAGUAACAUUUAUAAUUUUGAUUCAGUUUUAUUACCAUUUUACGUGAUUUAAUCUUGUUGUGUCAGUGGAAAAAGUUAUUAUUAAUUUAAGAUGAUCAAUCGAGUUUCAUUCUACCUAAAAUUUGUAAUUAUGUUAACUUGUAAGUAAAGUAAUUCUGUUUGCUGUUUUCUGAGAUUUAUUGUUAAUUUGUACUUAUGUUCUGAGAUUUAUUAUUAAUUUGUAAUUAUGUCAACUUGUAUGUAUGGUAAUUGUGUUGGCGAUGGGCCAUUUCGGCCUACAAGCCUUAUAUAAAAAAAAACAUCAUUUUCUAUAUGAAAUACUUUGAUGAUCCCGGAAAUAAGCUUAUUACACCAAUAAUGUUGCGAAAUAGGAAAGAGCUCGAAUUUUCAAUGUAACAAAUACAUAAAAUCUCUUAUUAGAGCGCAAUUCAGUACAGUCGUAUACGUUGCUAGUUACAGUAACAUUUAAAACUUUGAUUCAGUUUUAUUACCAUUUUACGUGAUUUAAUCUUGUUGUGUCAGUGGAAAAAAUAAUUUACGCGCUAAAUGUAGAUGCCAGGAUCACUUUGACUGAACAAAGGAAAAUAUUUUGUUGUUAAAGUGCUAUUAUGUUAAUUUUUCUCUGAUUAUUGGUAAUCUGUAAUGUACAAAUCUCACGGUCUAAACUUAAGUUUUAAAAAAACCUAAUUUUUAGGUUAAUUUGAUGCUCUACACCCCCUGGCUAAAGUUUCUUGAAACAUCCCUGUAUGCACCCCCAACAUUCGUCUGUCUAUUGUUUAGUGAAAUAUAGAUACUUAUUGAGAAACUGUGCUCAAGAGAGGUGGAAUGCAGUUAUAAAUUUUUUAACUCUAUAAGAUGAUCAAUCGAGUUUCAUUCUACCUAAAACAUCAUUUUCUAUAUGAAAUACUUUCAUGAUCCCGGAAAUAAGCUUAUUACACCAAUAAUGUUGCAAAAUAGGAAAGAACUCGAAUUUUCAAUGUAACAAAUACAUAAAUCUCUUAUUAGAGCGCAAUUCAGUACAGUCUUAUACGUUGCUAGUUACAGUAACAUUUAUAAUUUUGAUUCAGUUUUAUUACCAUUUUACGUGAUUUAAUCUUGUUGUGUCAGUGGAAAAAGUUAUUAUUAAUUUAAGAUGAUCAAUCGAGUUUCAUUCUACCUAAAAUUUGUAAUUAUGUUAACUUGUAAGUAAAGUAAUUCUGUUUGCUGUUUUCUGAGAUUUAUUGUUAAUUUGUACUUAUGUUCUGAGAUUUAUUAUUAAUUUGUAAUUAUGUCAACUUGUAUGUAUGGUAAUUGUGUUGGCGAUGGGCCAUUUCGGCCUACAAGCCUUAUAUAAAAAAAAAACAUCAUUUUCUAUAUGAAAUACUUUGAUGAUCCCGGAAAUAAGCUUAUUACACCAAUAAUGUUGCGAAAUAGGAAAGAGCUCGAAUUUUCAAUGUAACAAAUACAUAAAAUCUCUUAUUAGAGCGCAAUUCAGUACAGUCGUAUACGUUGCUAGUUACAGUAACAUUUAAAAUUUUGAUUCAGUUUUAUUACCAUUUUACUUGAUUUAACCUUGUUGAUUAAUUGAUAAUCACAAGAGAUUUGCAAGAUUGAAGAAUUAUCUCGAACAUGAUUUAAGUCAGCGAGAAAAAGCGAUAAUAUGUCUUGUGUGUUUAUUUUGUCCCCAGAGGUCCGGUGAUGAGCAAACGUCAUGGGUGUAAAAAAGUCCCCACAAUGUACACGUACAUUUGUUACAUCAACAUUGUGGGGACAUUUGAGAAACUGGGUAGAAGGUUUAGAAUUGAUGAUUUUAAGGGAAAAGAAGCAAUGUACGUUGUGGGGUCCAGAUUUUUGUCCCCACAAUUACGACAGUCCUCAGAGUGCUGGUGUGUAGUCAUACUUUUGUCCCCACAAGGUAGGUUA